CCUCCUGUCCCCACUACGAUGGCUCUUUCUGCAGGGGCGGAAAAUGGUUCCGGCCAACCCCACACCAGAGGAGGAGCUUGCAGUUGCUGCCGCGAGAUGGAGCAGCCCGCCCCCGAGCCUGUCUCCGUCGAUGUGGACAAAGGACUGGCCCUGGCCUGCUUCGUCUUCCUCUGCCUCUUCCUCAUUGUGAUGAUCAUUCGCUGUGCCAAGGUCAUCAUGGACCCUUACAGCGCCAUCCCCACCUCCACCUGGGAGGAGCAGCACCUGGACGACUGAGGCGAGGGGGCAACGGGUGGGGACCGAGACUCUUGGCUUUCUCUGGACAAGGGUUCCCAGGAUAUGCCCCUGGCCACGGGCCUGCCAGCCCAUAGAGGGGAGGAAUGGAAUUGGUCACAUGGGGGUGGAGGAGGUCUGCCUUAGCCUUGUCUGCUCGCACAGGAUCACAAGAGUGCAGUGGUCACGAUGCUGUGGGUGUUGCAACCAUGGGGCAGUCUGGGGAUAAGAGCCCUGGACCAGGGUCAGGAGGCCCGGGCUCCAGUCUGGGGGAAUAGCUGUGUGACUGUGGGGCAGUCACCUUCCCUGGUGCCCCUGCACCUUUUGGAUUUGGAACCAGGACAGAAACCCACCAUCACAUAAUAGCUGUCUUGUUUGGAGAGUCUCUGCCCUUAAGUGAAGUAGCACAGGCAUUAGCCCUCAGGCUCCCAGCAUAGACGCCCCACCUGAACCUAAGUCCCUUCCCAGUGGAGGUGGCAGUGACAGGAGAAAGGAAGUGGAAGACACCUCACCUGAAAAUUCACAAAAAGCACAGGAGCUGUUCCCAAGCAGGUUUUUUGUUUGUUGUUUCAUUUUGUUUUAACUAAAAUACAGAGGGAUGUAUUUUUUCUGUUAUCACUGAAAUAUGCAUUUUAGGAAUUUGGGAAAAUACAGAAGAAUAGAAGGGGGAGGAACACAUAAUCACAUCUCCCCAAAGCCGCCAUUUUGAUAUACUUUCUUCCAGUCUUUUUUAUAUGUAUUUUUUAAAUAGUCAAGUUCAUACUGUAGGCAUGACGUCAUGUCCCUUCACAUCACAGCACGGCUAUAUCCCGCUCCAUCAAACCCUCUUCCUGGCCGUUGCCUUUAGUGGCUGCAGAGCGUUCCAUCAGUGGACGGGUCAGAAUUUAGU